GAAAAAACAAAACUUAUCAAAUAAAAGAAAGCAUUGACAAGGCUUUUAUUGCUUUCAAAAAAAACAUUAAGCAUCCUAAAAGAACCUUGGUAGCAGGAUUGGCUGCCACUCAUUUAGCUGCCGGAGGAGUUGGUUAUCAGUUAGGCAAGCAUAAUUCUAAUGAUAUCUGCCAGGCUCCUUUUGCUAACCCGACAGAUUUUUUACCAUUAACUUCUGAUUUAUCUAAAUGUAAGGAUGAAAAUGACCUAAAUAUUCAAGUCAUUAAUAGACUUUAUCAAACUAAUCAAGAGAAAGACAAUAAAAUCUCUGAACUCCUUCUUAAAAAUAAAGAAGAAAUUUCUCAGUUAACUGCUAACUUAGAUAAAGCAGAAAAACAUAACCUACAACUAGAAAAGCAAAUUAAAGAACACUUAAGCAACAAAACUACUCAGCCCGAAACAACUAUUGUUAAUUUAGAAAAUGUUAAAAAUCAAGUUGAGAUUCAGUUACAAAAAACGCAGGCGGAUUUAACUCAAGAACAGAACGAACGUAAUACCAUCCGCACAAAUUUACCCAAGCACAAGCCAAACUUGCAACAAGCGCAGCAUGACUUAACUACCACGCAAAAUGAAUCAAAAGCCCAAGUUCAAGAAAUUAGCCAAAAAGAUCAUCACUUAAAAAACGUUGAGAAUAAACUUCCAAAACAAGACCAAGAAUUAAAUGAAGAAAAGCAAAAACGCCAACAAGCUGAGCAAGAGCGGAAUGAUUUACAAAACCAACUAAAUAAUCAUGUCUGCCCAAUUCUAGCUUCGCAUGCUUGUUCUCCUUGUGGUUUGAAUCAUUAUCAAAAUGCUAAUCAAGCCAGCGAACAAAAAGAACAACAAAUCCUCCACCAAAUCAAUCAAUCCUUAAAUUUAAACCUAAAAGAACCUAAUUUAGAACAAUUAAUCACUAAAAUUAAGGAAUUAAUUAAUAAACCUCCUGAAACUAUUUAUGCCGAAUUCUCUAAUGAUGAACUAGAAAACAAAUUAAAUCAGGCUCAAGAAACCAUUAUUAGGCUGGAAAAAGAAUUGGGAGAAAAUAAUACUCCUUUUGGAGAAAGCUUAGAAAAUAUUAAAGAGAUUGAUUUAAACCUCCUUGAAAAAGAACUUAAUAUUAAAUUAUCCCCAGAAUCUAUCCAAAAAAUAAAAGCUGCUAAUAGUUAUCAACAAUUAAGUCAAAUAAAAAGCAGUGAAAUUAAAAAACAUUUACAACAAAAUUUAAAUAAUUUAGAAGCAAUUCAGCCACGAGAAAUAUACAAUGUAUUAAACAAACCGACAAUUGAUGAUAAAAUUUACGACCAAACUUUCCAAGAAUUAAAAGAACUUGAAACAAAUUUAGAAAGCACGGAUAAGUAUGAAGAAUUAGAAAAGUUUGAGGAAAGAAUAAAAAAAAAAUUAGGACUUAAACAGAUAGAGUAUCUUUGUGAAUUGAAAAUUGAUGAAGAUGUAAGUAUUAAUCUUUCUUUAAUUCAAGAUUUGCCUAAUACAUUGCCCCAAAAUCUGGAACUUUCCCCGCCGGGAGAAACAAGAGAAAAUAUUGAAAUUCGGGGUGAAAUUUACAUGAAAAAAGCAGAAUUUCAGCGCUUAAAUGAGGGACUAAAAAAAAAAGGAUUGCCUCCUUUGGCUAAUCCGCGUAAUGCCGCAGCCGGGACUCUUCGAACUUUAAUUCCUACCCAACAAAGAAGAUUGCACUUUUUUGCUUAUCAAAUUCUCGGAACAGAUGCCAUUAAAACAUAUUUUCAAGAAAUCGAGAAACAGCGAAGUAAUCUAGAAUUUGAAAUUGAUGGAAUUGUGAUCAAGGUGGAAAUUACUCGUAGUGGAAGAGUUUCUUAUGUCGCUCAAAUUACCCAA